AUGGAAGGGAGCAGCAAGAAUCACCCAACAACCGACGCUAGCAGCCCUGUUGGCCAUGAUGAGAAUCCCAACGCAGAGAUGGGCGAAUCGAACAUAUCAGUAGCGCCCGAGCGCGGGGCUGAGAAGCCUAACGAAUCGACCGUUCGGAAGCCUGCAGAGCAUGCGGACCAGACCAUCUUGAACGACCCAGAAAGCAUGUCAAGAGUCUCGAGUGGACCGCCCUACAGCAGCUUCUCCAAGAACACCAAGCGAUGGAUCACGGCCAUGGUGACAACCGCAAGCUUUGUUUCACCCCUGACCGCCAACAUUUAUUUUCCAGCCCUAAACCCAAUCGCCGAAGACCUGGACGUUUCCGUUUCGCUUAUCAAUAUCACGUUGACGUCUUACAUGAUCUUUCAGGGGCUGUCCCCCACCAUCUUUGGGGACCUUGGUGACAUGGCAGGACGUCGACCAGCCUACAUCCUGGCCUUCCUGAUAUACAUCUGCGCGAAUAUUGGGCUCGCCCUACAGCGGAAUUAUGUCGCGUUACUGGUAUUACGAUGUCUUCAGAGUGCCGGGAGUAGCGGGACCCUAGUGCUCGGUUUCGCCGUGAUUGCAGACAUCUCGUCGACGGCUGAGAGGGGCAAGUACAUGGGAAUUGUGGGUGCUGGUAUCAACGUCGGACCAGCACUGGGACCAGUGUUGGGGGGUGUGCUGAGCCAGUUUCUCGGAUGGCCUGCCAUUUUUUGGUUCUGUACCAUCUUCGCUGUCUCAUGGCUCGUUCCUUGGGUCCUCUCAGCCCCAGAAACGUGCCGGAAUGUGGUUGGUAAUGGGUCGAUAGCACCGCAGCGAUGGAACAGGUCACUUCUGGACCUCUACAAGCAUCGCGAUGACGCUACAUCCCAGAACAUUCCCAAGCGGGAGUUCAAGUUUCCUAACCCCCUGAAAACCUUGGGCAUUGUGUUCGAAAAAGAGAUGGCUCUCAUCCUGUUCAUCAACGCCAUGAUAUAUCUUGGUUUCAUCCUAGUGGCAGCAACCAUGUCCACCCUGUUCAAAGAGAUAUACGGAUACAACGACCUCGAGGUCGGACUCUGCUACCUCCCCUACGGCGCUGGAUGCGCUGGCGCGGUCGUUGCUCAAGGGUAUGUCCUGGACUGGAAUUAUCGCCGCAUUGCAAAAAGCAUUGGCUUCACCAUCGAUCGCCGUCGAGGAGAUGAUCUCGCAAGAUUCCCCAUAGAGACUGCCCGGAUCCAGCCUUUGUACCCUACACUGUUUCUCGGCAUUGGGGCUCUUAUUGCAUAUGGUUGGGCGUUGGAGGUUGAGACAUCAGUUGCCGUACCGCUGGUCUUAGUGUUUCUCAUUGGCAUGCUGAUUCCAACGUCGUUCAGCGUCCUCAACACGCUGAUCGUUGAUCUCAACCCCCAGGCGCCCGCAACUGCCACUGCGGCUAAUAACCUAGUGCGGUGCUUGUUUGGAGCCGCGGCAACGGCAGCCAUUGACUCUAUGAUCAAGGGCAUGGGCAGGGGUUGGUGCUUUACAUUCCUUGCGCUGAUCAACCUGGCGUUGAUGCCUGCUCUGAGGCUGCUAGACAAGAGAGGUCUGCAAUGGAGAGCAGCAAGGGCGAAAAGAGAAGUAUCAAACGCAGCGGCUUGA